GCAAAAGGAAAUCCAAUGCCGCAUUACAGGUGGAAGUUCAAUGGAAAAGAUCUCAACGUCGACACGGAUUUAAACUACACUGUGGUAGAGGGCAACCUUUUGAUCAAUAACCCCGAGGCAACUAAACAUGGCGGGUCUUACCAGUGCAUCGCCACUAAUACCUUCGGAACCAUCCUCAGCCGCGAGGCUAAAGUGGAGUUUGCUUAUUUGCAGAAUUUCAGCAGUAAGGCCAGAGGUCCAGUGUCGGUGAGAGAGGGUCAGGCUGUGGUGCUGCUGUGUGGUCCACCGCCCCAUUUUGGAGAGAUCAGAUACUCGUGGAUCUAUAACGGCCGUCCCAGCGUCCUCAUCAGAGAUAAUCGGCGCUUCGUGUCUCAGAGGACGGGAAACCUGUACAUUGCGAAGGUGGAGCCGUCAGACGUGGGGAACUACACCUGCGUGGUGAAGAACAUGAUGACCAACGCCACUGUGUACAGCUCACCGACCCCGGUGGUGCUGCGCAGAGACGCCGUGAUGGGAGAGUACGAGCCGAAGAUUGAAGUCCAGUUUGAAGAAACGCUCCAUGUGGCCAAAGGAUCGUCAGUUAGGCUGGAGUGCUUUGCUUUAGGAAAUCCAGUGCCUUCCAUCUCCUGGAGACGAGCGGACGGAAGCCCCUUUCCUGGAAAGAUGAAAAUCAAUCACUCCAACGGCGUCCUGGAGAUACCUUAUUUCCGCCCAGAGGAUGCCGGCUUUUAUGAAUGCGUGGCGGAGAAUUCCAGAGGCCGCAGCGUCGCUAAAGGACAUCUCAUAUUCAACGGUAGGAAUGUGGAGCACCUACACUGGGCUCAGACGCUGCGAGAUGCUUAUAUGGCCAUCGAGGAUGAUCUCCACUGGGAGUGCAGGACUAACGGUAAACCCCAGCCUGUGUACAGGUGGCUUAAGAACAGCGAGGUCUUGGUAUCCCAGGACAGAAUUCACGUCGACGGUGGAAAGUUAACAAUCUCUAAAGUCAACCUGGAGGAUUCUGGGAUGUAUCAGUGUUUGGCUAAGAAUGAGCACGGGGUCAUUUACGCCAGCGCUGAGCUCAAAGUCGUAGCCUCUCCUCCAGACUUCUCCAAGAGUCCGCUGAAGAAGUCCACUCUGGUACAGAGGGGAGGCGAGGUCAUCAUCGAGUGCCGCCCGCACGCCUCCCCCAGGGCCUCCUUCUCCUGGAGGAAAGGCAGCGAGCUUUUGAAAGACAGCGAGAGAUGGACCAUCAUGGAGGAUGGCACCCUCCGGAUCACCAACGCGAGCGAAUCCGAUGCCGGCAGGUACACUUGUGUGGCCCGCAACCCUUUCGGGACAGCUAGCAGCACGGGAACGCUGGUGGUCAAAGAGCCGACCAAGAUUACGGUUCCUCCAUUAAGUAUGGAUGCCACGGUGGGCGAAAGCAUCGUCCUGCCGUGCGAGGUCUCCAGGGACUCCAGCGUGGACCCCACCUUCAAGUGGUUCUUCAACGGGAAGCUCGUCGACUUCAGCAGACACGAUCACUUCGAGAUGAUUGGAGGGGGAUCAUCCGGUGACCUCAUGGUCCGCAACAUUCAGCUGAAGCACUCGGGGAAGUACGUGUGUAUGGUGCACACGGCGGUGGACAGCGUCUCGGCCGCGGCCGACCUGAUCGUCAGAGGGCCCCCUGGUGCCCCGGAGGGGGUGCUGGUGGGGGAAGUCACGGACAGGACGGCUCAGAUCUCGUGGGGCCCCGGCUCUGACAACCACAGCCCUGUUACCCUCUACAUAGUGCAAGCCCGCACUGCUUUCUCCGUCGGCUGGCAGGCUGUCAGAACAGUUCCUGAUUCUGUGCCUGGACAGAUGACGCGCGCCACAGCGGUGGGCCUCAACCCCUGGGUGGAGUAUGAGUUUAGGGUGGUGGCGGUCAACGCCGUCGGGGUGGGGGAACCCAGCGCCCCAUCCCAGCCCGUUCGCACACGGCCAGCAGCUCCUGAGGUGGCUCCAGCCAACGUGAGUGGAGGUGGAGGAACCCGCGGCGAGCUGGUGAUCACGUGGGAGCCUGUUCCCGAGGAGCUGCAGAAUGGAGAAGAGUUUGGAUACGUGGUUGCUUUUCGUCUGCUUAGUUCUCCAGUGUGGAUCCAGAGCGUGGUACCCUCAGUGGACGCGUCCCGAUACGUGUUUAAAAAUGACAGCAUCCCUCCGCUCUCCCGGUUUGAGGUGAAGGUGGGCGUGUACAACAGCAUGGGAGAGGGACCCUUCAGCCCCGAGGUCAUCGUCUACUCAGCAGAGGAAGAGCCCUCUGUCGCUCCUGCCAGAGUGUGGGCACGCAGCCUGUCCGCCUCCGAGGUUCAGGUGUUCUGGGAGGCCGUCCCACCGAGCCUCAGCAAAGCGCGGAUCACAGGAUACGAGGUGCAGUGGUGGGAGGAGGGAUCUCCGAUGAGCGACGCGAGGAAGGAAAAGGUCGCAGGCAGCCCGGCUCGCAUCACUGGCCUGAAGGGCAGCACGGUCUACCUGGUCUCAGUCAGAGCCACCAACAGCGGCGGAGUCGGCCCGGCCAGCGUCCCUGUAAACAUCACAACCAAGAAACCCCCUCCUAGCCAGCCUCCGGGGAACAUUGAGUGGAACCUGACAAACUCAAAGAUCUUUUUGAAUUGGGAGCAUGUAAAGGCCAUGGAAAAUGAGUCUGAAGUCACAGGCUACAAGGUGGUGUAUCGUCAGAACUGGCGCAGAAGGACCAACGUGGUGGAGACCAACAGGACGUCGGUGGAGCUUCAGGUCCCGUCAGGAGAAGACCUGCUCAUUCAGAUCAAAGCCUCAAGCGACGGAGGAGAUGGCAGCUACAGCAGCCCCAUCCGCAUACCAAAGAUGUCCAGCCUGAACUCGAGAGGCUCCUUCAGUUCAGCUGCAAGCGAGAUGGUUCGUGUCCAUGGAGUAGCGUUUCUCGUGCUGGUGUGGCUGCUUUUGUAGAACUUUUGCCUUCAAUAAGCACAGACUGAGAAAACAA